GUGUUUAGGACACAGUUGUUAAUGGGAAUAUUCAUGUAUAAGUACAAAAUAAGAAGGGCAAUCUAAUCUUUGAGGAAAUGGCAGGAUUCCUAGACAACUUCCGGUGGCCAGAAUGUGAGUGUAUUGACUGGAGUGAAAGAAGAAAUGCCAUCGCUUCAAUAGUUGCGGGUGUAUUGUUUUUCACAGGUUGGUGGAUAAUGAUAGAUGCUGCAGUAGUUUAUCCUAAGCCAGAACAAAUGAACCAUGCAUUCCAUACCUGUGGGGUGUUUUCGACACUAGCUUUUUUCAUGAUAAAUGCUGUAUCAAAUGCACAGGUGAGAGGAGACAGCUACAGUGAUGGAUGUUUAGGAAGAACAGGUGCUCGUGUCUGGCUCUUCAUUGGCUUUAUGUUGAUGUUUGGUUCACUUAUUGCUUCAAUGUGGAUUCUUUUUGGAGCAUAUGUUACGCAGAACACUAAUGUUUACCCUGGAUUAGCAGUGUUUUUCCAAAAUGCAUUGAUAUUUUUCAGUACUCUGAUCUACAAGUUUGGAAGAACAGAAGAGUUAUGGGGAUGAAAGACCAUGUAUAGCGUUGUCUGUUCCAUAGUUGCUAUGUUGUACUAUGUAUGUAGAUAUAUUUACGUUUAUUUGUUCUUUUUGCUUUCUCAAUUGCACAAACUGAGACAGUUUCUGUAAUAAGCUCCCUCUUUUCACAGGACAGAUUUGUGAAUAUGUACAUAUGACUGUAUAUAUCUUAAAAAGGGAAUGUCAAGCAUUCUUUCUGAAAUCUUCAGGCUUAUUUCUUCAAAUACAGAGGUUUCCAUCAACUCCUAAGACUUGAUCUUCCAAACCUUCACAUGUGUCAGAGACUUCCAUGGAACUGUUAGUGAACAAGCAGG